AUGGCCAAUACCGGCGGCAAGGUCUACAUUGUCGAGCAUCUCGACGAAGAGCUCGGGCCAUGGUCAGAGCUCGAGUAUAUAGCAAUUGCAAAGGAGUCGGAGGCAUCCGGCAGUAGCUUCACGCUCUCGUCACUACCGCCCACGUUUCAGGCCCCAGAAUCUCUCAAGGCCGUGCCCGUCUUCAAGGCAACAUCACGGAGUGUCGAGGACAUGUAUGCUGCAAACAAGGAUACCGUUUGCCUUCUUGACCCACAGGCGGCGAAGGACCUUUCACCAGAGGAUGCCAAUGAAUUUGGCACAUUCCUCUUUGGCGGCAUUCUUGUUCCCUUGAAGGAGGUACCAUAUGUAGACUUUCCCGAGCUGAAGUUCAAUGAGCAUGAGAGCACUCAAAUGCCAUUUCGCUACGUCAAGGACAAAGAUGGUCAACCUAUCAUGCCAGAGGGCAUGAAGGAAUUGAUCAAGAAGGAUGCCGACAAGGCAAUUGAUGAUUUAUUCUAA